CUGGCGGUGACUGCACAACCAGAGGCGCCAUGGUGGAGGAUAAGUGGCGCUUAAAGCCAUGGGUGACGGAGCCAAUGCCCCUGGGCAUGACAUGCAAACCCUGGUGGAAAGACCGCCUGCCUUCCAAGAGUUUCCCAAAACACAAGAACAAGCGUUUCCAGUUUCCCACUUCUCUGGACAGCCGGCGUUGGAUGUUUGUGAAGGAAGGUCUAGAUGACUUCCGGAAAGGUAGUCCACUUUCUGAAGAUCUGAUCAUUCGUGGCACCAAGGAAGGCUUUCUCCCUCUGAUCACUAAUGGAGGCCCCCAGCCUAGCACCAAAACGAGCAGGCAAAAGCCGCCCAAGUACACAACAAGCCUGUACUCCACACUAUCCUCAGCUCAAAUAGCACGUAAGACAUUCAUGCAUGACCUUGAGGCGUACCUGAACCAGAAUCCUUCGGCUCUCUUGUCGACUCUGGAAGAAGAUGUCCCUGUAGAUCUCUUGCUAGAGGCACUCAAAGUACUGGACCCAGACCGGAAGCUAGAGGACACGUGGGAUUAUUGCGAGGGCCUCAGGGAAGUAACCAAGAAACCCACCAAGCCUUCCAAACAGCGUCGUUCAAAACCUUUGCCUAGACUUCCCGAGAUUCCUCAGCCACGUCGAUACAGCUUGCUUCAGGAAGAUAAGGUAAGCUCAUUGCAUUUCCUCAGUUCUCUUCCACGUAGUUACAUGCCACAAGGAGUUCGCGACUUCUGCAGAUGGGUCGCUACUUUGGGAGACUUCGGCAUUAGUGAAGAUUUCCUGCUGAAACGAUUUGACAUUGGCUUUGAGUUCAAACCAACGUAUGAUGACAACCGAAUGAAGAAACUGCAUACGCUUCCUCCUGAGCUCAAAUACUGCAAGGGGCUAAAGAAAGUGAAGGAGGUUAUAUUCACCAUAGAAGAACUAGACUUUGAGAGGAAACUCCAAAAACCACAGAAAUCCUAUCAUGAGAAGAUCAGAUAUGGAGCAUGGUACCUAAAGCCCACACUGUGGAGAAAGCUAAUAAAUGAUGAGCCUUUGAUUGACCCCAAGAUCUUAGCUGAAGCUCAACGUGAACCUCCUCCUGAUAUUAUUGAAGAUCUUUAUGGAACAAUUGCCUUUAAAGAUUUCAUUGUAGGUAAUGGCUACAGUAUGCCAGGAAUCCUUGAAAAGUUGUUCACCAGGAAGGGAUGGCGUUAUGACAAGUUUGUGACCCCUAUACCAAAAGCAGUGGAUGCUUAUAAGAGAGCACUAGCUGCUUUUGCACAAGAAGAUGACUAGCCAGUUUUUCAUCAGCUAUAUACUUGACUGUAUCUUGCUCAAAUUUUCAAAAAUCAGAAUAUAGGAAAACGGUAACAGCUUGGAUGUACAAUUGGGGCAGGCAGCCUGUUACUUCAACACUUAAUGCUCAUAAAUAUUUCUCAAUGAACUUCUGCUUUGAAUUCGUCAAUAUUUCAGAUAUCAACUGAGAUCAGUAUUCACAUAACCUCUUCUCACAUUUUUGCAGCAUUGAGAAUAUUAUGUCAUUAUAUCAAUUAUUUGUAAGACUACAUAAAACCAUAAAAUGCAGAAUUACUCUUAAAAGGAAAAGGAUCCAAUGAUGUCAGUUAUGACAUAAGAGAUAUCUUAAAUACUGCAAUUGUGUUGAAUAAAAGAAAAUUUG